AAAAACCUCACGGCGAUGGCAUUGAAAGGCUAUCUGGUACUCCUUGGCCUUCUAGUUCUCGUUGGCUCAUUUGCUAACAGCAAUGGCGCUAAGAAUAAAAUCACACCCAGCUAUGGCAUUUCUUCCCUCAACCGGACCAGUUUUCCCAAGGGUUUCAUUUUCGGGGCGGCAGGAGCAGCUUAUCAGUAUGAAGGUGCAGCAAAAGAAGAUGGUAAAGGCCCAAGCAUGUGGGAUUAUUACAGCCAUAAAUAUCCAGAGUUGAUUGCGGAUGGCAGUAAUGGAGAUGUAGCUGUUGAUCAAUAUCAUCGCUACAAGCAAGAUGUGGCGAUUCUGAAGGAUAUGGGUGCAGAUGCGUACAGGUUCUCGAUCUCAUGGCCCCGAUUGAUUCCAACGGGAAAGAUCAGCAAAGGCGUGAACAGGGAAGGAAUCAAAUACUACAACAACCUCAUCAAUGAGCUCCUAUCCAAAGGUCUCAAGCCCUUCGUGACAAUCUACCACUGGGAUAUUCCCCAGGCCUUAGACGAUGAGUAUGGUGGUUUCCUAAGUGAAAAAGUCGUGGAAGAUUUCCGGGACUUCGCGGACCUUUGCUUCAGAGAGUUUGGAGACAGAGUAAAGCACUGGAUCACACUAAAUGAGCCAUGGACAUACAGCAAUGGAGGUUAUGCACAAGGAAUCUUAGCACCUUUCCGGUGUUCGAGCUGGUAUAGUCCCAAUUGCACCGGUGGAAAUUCCGCCAUUGAGCCCUAUCUAGUCACCCAUCACCUGCUUCUUGCUCAUGGUGCUGCUGUUAAAGUUUUCAAGGAGAAAUAUCAGGCAGUACAAAAAGGUAUAAUAGGUAUAACCCAUGUGUGCUAUUGGAUGGUGCCAUACACUAAUUCCAAACAAGACAUCGACGCCGCUUCACGUGCUCUUGAUUUCAUGUUCGGAUGGUUCAUGGACCCCCUGACAAAUGGUGACUAUCCACACAGCAUGAGAACGUUGGUCGGAAAGCGAUUACCCAAAUUCACAGAAAAGCAAUCGGAGCUGGUGAAAGGGUCCUACGACUUCAUCGGAAUAAACUACUACACUUCUAACUAUGCUGCCUAUGCUCCUUCAUAUAAUUAUGUUAACAAAAGCUACACGACAGAUAGUCUUGUUAAUCAAACAACUGAGCGCAAUGGGGUCCUCAUUGGUCCACAGGCUGCUUCAAGUUGGCUUCAUGUUGUUCCCCGUGGAAUUCUUGAUCUUUUGAAGUACACAAAGGAGAAGUAUUAUAAUCCACAAAUUUACAUAACUGAGAAUGGAAUUGAUGAGUUCAAUAAUGCCUCCUUGCCGCUAAAGGAAGCUCUUGUGGACACCCAAAGAAUUGAUUAUUACUAUCGCCAUCUCUAUUAUCUUAACAAGGCUAUCAAGGAGGGCGUGAGAGUGAAGGGAUACUUUGCUUGGUCCUUCUUGGACAACUUCGAAUGGAAUUCAGGUUACACUGUUCGUUUUGGCAUCUACUUCAUAGAUUUUAAUGAUAAAUUGAAAAGAUACCCGAAGCUUUCAGCUCAUUGGUUCAAGAAUUUCCUCAAGAAAUAUUAGAUCGAUCCAGCCCAAGAUGUUCGAUCGUUUCAUCAACGCUAGCCAGCUGUCUCAACCUUUUGACGGUCUCCGGCCAUUAAUGAAUAAGCAAAAGAUCGAUCAUGAUCAUUUCUUCUCCAUCUGCGUGUUCUUUAAAUAAAUGUCGUUCGUUAUCUUUCUGUAAAUAUUAGAACGAUUGUUGAAUAAUAUGAGACGGGAAAGAUCCAGCUUGAGGAAUAAUUUAUUAUUAAUAAAGCACUCAU